CCUAAAACGGUCCCACAACACCCCGCUGCCACAAAGCCUACGCUCUUUACGACAGCGCACGACGCCGAGCAUGACGGGAACGCUUCAUCCGGCGGGAUGGCGCGGGCCAAUCGCGUGGCUCCCGGGCGAUGAGGUAAGUUGUGCUUGUGCAUGCGCAGGGCGGGGAGACCUUGGCGAAGCGGCUGAGGCGCCCAGCGGAGGUGAAAGCGUUGACGGGAGGGAAAAUACGGCGGAAAAAUGCAGAGCUGGAGUCGUGUGUACUACUCCUUGGCCAAGAGGAACCAUUUCAAUCGAAUAUCUCAUGGCCUACAGGGACUUUCUGCAGUGCCUCUGAGAACUUAUGCAGAUCAGUCAAUUGAUGCUGACGUAACAGUUAUAGGUUCUGGUCCUGGAGGCUAUGUUGCUGCUAUUAAAGCUGCCCAGUUAGGCUUCAAGACAGUCUGCAUUGAGAAAAAUGAAACACUUGGUGGGACAUGCUUGAAUGUUGGUUGUAUUCCUUCUAAGGCUUUAUUGAAUAACUCUCAUUAUUACCAUAUGGCUCAUGGAAAAGAUUUUGCAUCUAGAGGAAUUGAAAUGUCUGAAGUUCGCUUGAAUUUAGAGAAGAUGAUGGAGCAGAAGAGUACUGCAGUCAAAGCUUUAACAGGUGGAAUUGCCCAUUUAUUCAAACAGAAUAAGGUUGUUCAUGUCAAUGGAUAUGGAAAGAUAACUGGCAAAAAUCAGGUCACUGCUACGAAAGCCGAUGGCAGCACUCAGGUUAUUGAUACAAAGAACAUUCUUAUAGCUACAGGUUCAGAAGUUACCCCUUUUCCUGGAAUCACGAUUGAUGAAGACACAAUAGUGUCAUCCACAGGUGCUUUAUCUUUAAAAAAAGUUCCAGAAAAGAUGGUUGUUAUUGGUGCAGGAGUAAUAGGUGUAGAAUUGGGGUCAGUUUGGCAAAGACUUGGUGCAGAUGUGACAGCAGUUGAAUUUUUGGGUCACGUAGGUGGAGUUGGAAUUGAUAUGGAGAUAUCUAAGAACUUUCAACGCAUUCUUCAAAAACAGGGGUUUAAAUUUAAAUUGAAUACAAAGGUUACUGGUGCUACCAAGAAGUCAGAUGGAAAGAUUGAUGUUUCUAUUGAAGCUGCUUCUGGUGGCAAAGCAGAAGUUAUCACUUGUGAGGUACUGUUGGUUUGCAUUGGUCGACGACCUUUUACUCAGAAUUUGGGACUAGAAGAGCUUGGAAUUGAGCUAGAUCCCAGAGGUAGAAUUCCAGUCAAUACCAGAUUCCAAACCAAAAUUCCAAAUAUCUAUGCCAUUGGUGAUGUGGUUGCUGGUCCUAUGCUGGCUCACAAAGCUGAAGAUGAAGGCAUUAUCUGUGUUGAAGGAAUGGCUGGUGGUGCUGUGCACAUUGACUACAAUUGUGUGCCAUCAGUGAUUUACACACACCCUGAAGUUGCUUGGGUUGGCAAGUCAGAAGAGCAGUUGAAAGAAGAGGGUAUUGAGUACAAAGUUGGCAAAUUCCCAUUUGCUGCUAACAGCAGAGCUAAGACAAAUGCUGACACAGAUGGCAUGGUGAAGAUUCUCGGGCAGAAAUCAACAGACAGAGUGCUGGGAGCACAUAUUCUCGGACCAGGUGCUGGAGAAAUGGUAAAUGAAGCUGCUCUUGCUCUGGAAUAUGGAGCAUCCUGUGAAGAUAUAGCUCGAGUCUGUCAUGCGCAUCCGACCUUAUCAGAAGCUUUUAGAGAAGCAAACCUGGCUGCAUCAUUUGGCAAAUCAAUCAAUUUUUAAACUAGAAGAUUAUAUAUGUCUUCUGAAAUUUCCUGGGAGCUUUUGUAGAGGUCCCAUUUCUGAACAGGAUAUGCUCACAGCUCCAAGAAUUUCUAGGACUGAAUUAUGAAACUUUUGGAAGGUAUUUAAUAGGUUUGGACAGAAUGGAAUACUCUCAUAUCUAUAUUUUACAUAAAUUUAAUAUUUUGUUUUAAUGUAUUAAUAUGCAGGAUAAAAAGCUACUUAUAGUAGCUUCCUGGGAAAUUUUCAUCAAUCCAUAUUUUCUUGUUUAUGAAAGAUUCAACACCGCUGAAUUUGUUACGUAGCUUUUUGAUACAGAAAAGUCGAGUUUACUUUUACAUGGAUGGAGUUGGAGUAUGGUAUGUGAACAGUUAUGUUUGAAGCAAGGUGAUCAAGUUAAAUUUCAUUUGGUUUUCAUAUUGGAAACAAGUCAGGCCGGUGAGAUUCAAAUAUGUAUAAACUGAUGUAAAUAAAAAAUGGUUUCUCACUUGUUUUAUUUAACCCCUAAAUUCUUACAGUUUAAGGGUAUAAUGUAUGUGUUUAAGAGGUUCCAUUGAGCUCUGCAAGUCUGAAGGAUAGCUAGUGGUUACCUAAAUUAACAGUCUACAAACUCAAAUAUUAAGUGGAAACUCAAAUGUAUUACAGUGGGGAAUGAAGAUCUUGAAAUAAACAUGUCUUAAAUAUUUA